AUGAUACUAGGUCGCAGGCGCUAUCGCUAUGCCUUACCAACCAUUAUUCUAAUUCUCGUUACCUUCUUUCUUUUCUCGAGUCUACCGCCUGGCGCGGAGCCUCCCUUUGACGACCACUCAUACUACGCAGAGUACCAUCCCCAACCCCCGCAGAGCGAUGACCGUAUCCAUUGGACCAAACAUACAGAAAGAUAUCCUGUCUCCAGUUUUAUUCCUCUCCCUACGCCCGCGCCGUCCGCAAUCCCUCGUGUCCAGUACGACUUCGCGAAGGAAUCAUGGUUUGGCCGAAGGAAAAGAGUGAACAGACAGAAAGCCGUCAAGGAGGCCUUUACGCAUGCUUGGAAAGGGUACAAGAGGCAUGCCUGGCUGCGCGAUGAACUUUCGCCCCUCAGUGCUCGCUACCGAACCACGUUUGCUGGCUGGGCUGCCACUCUGGUGGACGCACUUGACACUCUCGUCAUUAUGGGUAUGGACGAUGAGUUCAAGGAUGCGUUGCAUGCCAUUGAGAGCAUUGAUUUUACUACCACCGAUGCCACCCAGAUCAAUAUAUUCGAAACUACUAUCCGAUACGUAGGGGGGUUACUUGGCGCCUACGACCUAACCAACGGAAAACACCCGAUCCUUUUGAAGAAGGCAGUGGAACUGGCCGACAUGAUCUACGAUGCCUUUGAUACUAGCAAUAGGAUGCCUCAGUCACGCUGGCAAUGGAGCAGAUCCGCGCAAGGCCUGAGCAUUCAGCCAAGCAAACAAACUAUCCUUGCCGAAUUAGGUUCCCUGAAUCUAGAAUUCACCAGGCUGUCUCAGCUGACCCAUGAUCCCAAGUACUUCGAUGCUGUCCAACGAAUUACAGACAUUCUCGACGACGCUCAGAAUAAGACCAAAAUCCCUGGACUGUGGCCUAUGAUGGUCAACGCUCAGGAUUUAGAGUUUACAGACCCUCGCUUUACUGUGGGCGGAAUGGCCGACUCAACGUAUGAGUAUUUACCGAAAGAGCAUAUGCUACUAGGAGCCCAGACGAAUCAAUACCGCAAGAUGUAUGCCGCCGCCAUGGAGGCGAUCAAGAAGCGCUUAUUGUUCCGGCCCAUGACCAAAGAUGGUGAGGAUCUUCUCUUCGCCGGGAACAUUCACACGAGUCUCGCAAGCAACUCGCCCCCUGAGCCUCAGUGGGAACAUCUGAAAUGCUUUUUUGGGGGCACUGUGGGUAUCGGGGCCAAGGUCUUCAACCGCCCGGAGGAGCUCUCGAUUGCAAGAAAGCUAACAGAUGGUUGUAUCUGGGCAUACAACGUCAUGCCCACAGGGAUCAUGCCGGAAAUUAUGCAUCUCAGCCCUUGUCUGAGCAUGGAUAACUGUGAAUGGGACGAGCAGAAGUGGUAUCAAGAUGUCCGGCGGCGACUGGCCAAGGGAUCAAAGGCGAAAGACACUGUUCAAGAAGCCAAGACAAUCAUCAAGGAGAGUGGGCUUCAACCUGGCCUAACUGAGAUAUCGGACCCUAGAUAUUUGCUGCGACCUGAGGCGAUCGAGUCUGUUUUCAUCUUGUACCGCAUCACUGGGGACAAGAAAUUGCAGGACGAUGCAUGGAGAAUGUUUCAGAGCAUUGACAAAAUGACUCGGACCAAGUAUGCCCAUGCUGCAAUUGAAGACGUGCGGGACUCGAAGGCAAACCAGUUAGAUUACAUGGAGAGUUUCUGGUUAGCAGAGACCUUGAAGUACUUCUAUCUUAUCUUCUCCGAACCAGAUCUUGUCAACUUGGAUGAUUAUGUGUUGAAUACGGAAGCGCAUCCGUUCAAGCGUCCCUCUGCUCGUACAUAG